CAGUAUAUAAGAAUGGUCCGCGUAUAGGAAACCCUUCAGUUCAAGAUCCAUACGAACCAAGGUUCGACUAGAAUGAAAAUUGUGUUGGACUCAUUAAUCAACAGCCGUCUGUUGUUUCAAUAUUUGGCCACUGCAACAGGAUGUAUAACAUUUCUAUCGUCGGGAAUGCACUAUGGCUGGGCCUCGCCGUCCCUUCCUCAGUUACUGGCGAACGAUUCCCAGAUUCCCAUGACUAGCGAUGAUGGUUCUUGGGUGGCCACCAUGUCGGUGUUGGGGAACAUACCCGGCUCCAUUCUGGGUGGGUACGCUUCGGACGCCAUAGGAAGAAGAUACAGCAUCCUUCUGACUGCACCAAUAUACUUCAUGUCUUGGAUAAUGGUGGCUUUUGCACCCUCGAAGAUACUCCUCAACAUAGCCCGGUUCUCCGCCGGUAUUGCAGACGGUUUGAUCUACACGUCCUUCCCCAUGUAUAUUGGGGAAAUAUCAGACCCGAAUAUUAGGGGGUUGUUGGGGUCUUGCAUACAGGUGUCUUUGGUUAUAGGGGUUUUGCUCAUUAACGUCAUAGGGGUGAACCUCAACAUCAAGUACACGGCUCUAAUAUCGUCCCUUUUCCCAGUGCUGCACUUUUUGACCUUCUACUUCAUGCCUGAAAGCCCGUACUAUCUGAUAAUGAGGGGCAAAAAGGAGGAAGCCAAGGAGAGUCUGCAAGUCUUCAACAGGAACGAAGACAUCGGCGAGCACUUCCAAAGAGUUUCCGACGCAGUGGAACAAGACAAGCAAGCAACCGGAAGUAUUUGGGACCUCUUCACUGUUAGGAGCAACCGUAGGGCAGCUGUGAUCGUCUUCGGACUAAGGGCGUUUCAGCAAUUUUCAGGAAUUGCUGCUAUAAUGUUCUAUGCUAAAAUCAUCUUCCAGGAGGCCAGUGGGGACAUUUCCGCUAAUCUCUCCACCAUUAUUUACUUCAUCAUUCAGUUGGUUGUGUCCUUGCUUUCGUCCUUCCUUGUAGACAAAACUGGAAGGCGUCCUCUUUUAAUAUUCUCUAUUAUUGGCUCCGCCGCGUCACUUGCUGCGGAAGGCUUCUACUUCUUCUUUGAAAACGACGACAUUUACGACACAUCACUGAUUUAUCUACCUUUAAUCGCGUUAUUGACUUUUGUUGUAAUAUUUAACAUUGGAAUGGGCACAAUUCCGGUGCUCAUUCUAGGAGAGUUCUUCCCCACGAACGUCAAAGCCUUCGCUUUGUGUCUGGCUGACAUAGUGUCGUGCACUACUGUCUCCAUUUCGGCCAAAUUCUUCCAAAUUACCAGAGACGACUUUGGUAUGCAUGUGCCAUUCUUUUCGUUCACCGUCAGCUGCUUGCUGGGAUUGGUGUUCAUUCUAUUUUGUGUUCCCGAAACAAAAGGGAAAACUUUGGAGGAAAUACAGGAGCAUCUGAGGGGCGAGCACAAAAAGGAAUCGGAUAUUUCUAUGGAAUAAAAAAACUGAUUGCAUGUUAUACAUGUUUUUUUUUAAUUUUGUAAUUUAUUAUAAUGUCAUACAUUGGAUAAAUAAUAAAUAUUUUGUAGUUUUUUAUUUA